GCCAAUGCUUUCCCUGAGUAUCAGAGUUGGAGAAAUCUCAAACAAUGGGGACACUGGGGCCUGGAUGAUGCUGGAUUGGAUUCUUCUUUGGGGAAAGAAGUUUCUCUAAUCAUAGGGGAGUUCUGUGCUUGAAUGAAAGUUAAAGCUAAAAUGGAAGAAAUACAGCCAUAUUUGGAACAUUACCGUUCAUCUUCAUCUUCGGCAAGUAGUCCAGCUGGGCGUGCGACUACUAGCAACUUCUUUUACUUGAGGAAACCUGGUUGUAGUAAGAAUCCAAUCUCAUUCGAGGACUCGCCUGAAUGGGAUGAACCGGAGGUUUUCACACAAUUAGAAGAAGGUGGGGAUUCAAUUCGAAUUGCAACCACUACAGCUUCACCAUCUUUGUCUAGGAUUAACAGCCGGUCAUUUCUGUCUCCAUCGUUUCUCGAGGCUUCUGCUUCUGCAAGGAAAAUAGCUGGUGCAACAAUUGUGUGGAAGGACCUGUCUGUUACCGUGAAGGAUAAAAGUUCAAACUCCUACUCUAUUGUGAAGAGUGCCAGUGGAUAUGCUUUGCCAGGGUCACUUACUGUUAUCAUGGGUCCUGCUCGAGCAGGGAAAACAACACUUCUGCGUGCCCUUGCAGGUAGGUUACGUGGUUCGGAAAGAAUGCUCGGGUGAGUUUUCGUGAAUGGGCUGAAGUCUCACUUGCCUUAUGGUACUUAUGGUUAUGUGGGUCGAGAUGAAAUGCUGAUCGAAUCUCUCACUGUUAGAGAGAUGCUAUCCUACUCUGCACUUCUUCAACUUCCUGGUGUCUUUUCUGAGAAGAAGAGCAUGGUGGAUGAUGCCAUAGCUGCAAUGUCACUUGGGGAUUAUGCAGAUAAACUCAUCGGUGGCCAUUGUUAUAUGGAGAGACUUCCUGGUGGUGAAAGGCGUCGUGUUAGUAUUGCAAGGGAACUUGUAAUGCGUCCUCAUGCUCUGUUUAUUGAUGAGCCUCUUUACCAUCUUGACAGUGUAUCUGCACUUCUCUUGAUGGUUAGUUUGAAGAAACUAGCGAACACAGGAUGCACCCUCAUCUUCACUAUGUAUCAGAGCAGCACUGAAGUUUUUGGGCUUUUCGACAGAAUCUGUUUGCUUUCAAAUGGGAAUGUGUUGUUCUUUGGACAAACCUUGGGUUGUCUUCAGCAUUUUGCAAAUGCAGGAUUUCCUUGCCCGAUCAUGCAAAGUCCUUCUGAUCAUUUUCUGCGGGCUAUCAAUACUGAAUUUGAUAGGAUCAUAGCCAUGUGCAAGAAUUUAAAGGACGAGCAUGACUUCUCAUCUGUAAACAUGGACACUGCUGUGGCAAUUCGCACACUCGAAGCUAUGUACAAGGAGUCUUCUGACGCUGCUUUUGUUGACUCUUUGAUUGAGUCACUUAAUGAAAAGGAAGGUCCGGAGAUCAAAAGUAAGGGCCAGGCAAGUAACACAACUAGAAUUGCAGUUUUGACAUGGAGAUCACUUGUUGUCAUGUCGAGGGACUGGAAGUAUUUUUGGAUUCGGCUCUUUCUGAGUACACUUCUUGCAUUGUUCAUCGGCACAGUCUUUUGCAACAUUGGCCACUCAUUAUCAUCUGUAAUGGUUAGAGUUGCUGCAAUAUUUGCCUUCGUAUCAUUCACCUUACUACUUAGUGUCAUCAGCCUGCCUGCUCACAUCAGAGAAAUCAAGGUAUUCAAACACGAGGAAUCAAACAGACACUCAAGUGCUGGUGUGUUCCUUCUCGGACACCUUCUUGCAAGCAUCCCAUUUCUAUUCCUCAUCACCAUUUCAUCGGCUUUAGUCUUCUACUUCUUGGUCGGCCUUCAAAGUGAAUUUAGCUUGUUGAUGUAUUUCGUCCUGAACAUGUUCACGUCUCUUCUCGCCAACGAAGGCCUUUUGAUGCUUGUCGCGUGCAUCUGGCUUGAAUCCUUUGCUGCUAUCAUUACCACUGUUUUCAUACAUGUUAUAAUGAUGCUCGUCGGAGGCUAUUUCCGGCUCAGAGAUGGAUUACCUGAACCUAUUUGGUACUAUCCAUUCUCGUACAUUUCAUUCCACACCUAUGCAGUUCAGGGACUGCUGGAGAACGAAUACAUCGGUACAUCAUUUGCAGUUGGGACAGUGAGGGCUAUAUCUGGUGUGCAAGCAGUUCGUGGUUCGUAUGGCAUUUCUUCGUCAAGGGAUGCAAAGUGGUUCAACUUACUCAUACUGUGUCUGAUGGCGGUCGGUUAUCGAAUGGUCUUGUUUUGCUUGCUUCACUUAAAUGCGAGGAAACUCAUGAAUGGAUUGCUGGCAAAAGUUGGGAUGAAAUGA